GAAUUCAGCCGGUUUUUCCAGCGCCGGUACAACCAGAGCGUGUGUCUGUCGGAUCGGAUGGAAUUCCUCAACGGCUGGUACAUCCUCCUGGUCAUCAGCGAUGUCCUCACCGUCCUGGGGACAAUCAUGAAGAUCGGCAUCGAGUCCAAGAACUUCGCCAGCUACGACGUCUGCAGCAUCCUCCUGGGCACCUCCACGCUGCUCGUGUGGGUCGGCGUCAUUCGCUAUCUCACCUUCUUCCAGAAAUACAACAUCCUCAUUGUCACGCUGCGGGUGGCUCUACCCAACGUCAUCCGCUUCUGCUGCUGCGUCGCCGUCAUUUAUCUCGGCUACUGCUUCUGCGGCUGGAUCGUCUUGGGACCCUACCACGCCAAGUUCCGCUCCCUCUCCAUGGUCUCCGAAUGCCUCUUUUCGCUCAUCAACGGCGACGACAUGUUUGUGACGUUUGCGGAGAUGCAGCAGAACAGCCGGCUGGUCUGGCUCUUCAGCCAGCUCUACCUCUACUCCUUCAUCAGCCUCUUCAUCUACAUGGUGCUCAGCCUCUUCAUCGCCCUCAUCACCGGCUCCUACGAGACCAUCAAGCACCAAUGUGAGGGCGAAACUCCCGUCUCCCAGCUCCACGCCUACAUCGCCCAGUGCAAGGACAGCCCC